AGUUCUGUGGCCAGUAUUUUGUGCCUGAUGGAAGUAGGAGAAGAUGAAAUUGACCAAAUAAGUAGUAUGAGGGAACCAAAUGAGCAUCAGGGAGGCCUUGGAUGCGAGCUAACGGCACUCCGGGUGCGAGCGUGGACUUGAGGCGGCGCCACUUGGACAGAUGGCUGAGCAGGCCUCACGCAUUAGCCAGGAGUUGGAUGGGCCGACGGUUCUGUCCUAAACUUGGAUUCAUGGAGCUCCCACACGUGAGAGGGACUUGAUCCCGGGGCCAGGGAUGGCCUCCCAGAGCCCCUCCCCCUCCCAGCCUGUCAUCCUCCCGGCAGAAGAGGAACCUUACUGACCACACUGGUUCCCUAACAUUUCCUCAAGAAUGUCCCUUGCCAUUGGACAAAUGUCAGCCAGAGCAGGAGCUCAGCUCUGCUAAAUGCCAUCGUGGAGCCAAGGGCUUGGAGGCUCAGCUCAGAUCAGGACUUGCAACCCUGAGCUCCUGAUCGGCUUAGGAGGCUGAGAUUUGGCUUUGCCGACCAUCUGCUUUACCUGAAGAUUUUCAGCCGAUGAGGCCCUAGGAGGUUCAAGCACCAUCACGCCUCUGAUCCUGGACUGGUGGUUUGGGGAGAGCGCUAACAGGCCCCAGGUCUCCCUCUAGGGCAGGAUGGCCCAGGAUCUCAGUGAAAAAGAGCUGCUGAGGAUGGAAGUGGAGCAGCUGAAGAAGGAAGUGAAGAACUCACGUGACCCGAUUUCCAAGACAGGGAAGGAAAUCAAGGAUUACGUAGAGGCCCAAGCAGGGACUGACCCUCUUCUCAAAGGCAUCCCAGAUGACAAGAAUCCCUUCAAGGAGAAAGGCGCUUGUGUGAUAAGCUGAUGGUCCAGAGCACCCCCACCUUUCUCUGUCCCUCCUCAGCCAGACCCACGUGUGCCCGAAUACCCAGGGACUAGUGCUUACCUCCUCUUCCACAUAAAACAAAUAAAGAUACUGGAAAAGACAAACAAACAAA